AUGUUUAGACGAAAUAAGGUUGGUGGAGCCCCCAUUAGUCCAACCCCCGCACUCUCUAGGGGUAUGAGGUCACGAGUCCUACGCCCCCCUCUCGGAUUGCAUGAUAUCUGGUGCUCUCAUGUUUCUUGUUUUCCUCAUUUCCCAUCUCUCCUUGAACACAAUUCCUCAUCUACCAUCACAUCAAAUACCAUCGACAACAUGACUCGUUCCCACAAAAUGAACGAUCGCGAACACCAAGUCGAAAGCGCGACGGGACCCCGUGAAAACAUCCCACGCUACUUCGCCAAGUCCGGCCCAACUGACGCUGAUCCGCGCAAGACAAAGAAGGACGGGGGCGGCAAAGGCAAUUGGGGCCGAUCGGGCGACGAAAUGCAAGACACUGACUACUCGUUCGCCAAUGCCAGGCGUCGCUCCAACAGCAGCACCCAAGGUCUGGCCGACUUCAACACUAAGUUCGAGGCUAUUGACCCAGAGCCGGUGUUCGAGGAAGAGAUCCUUGGUGAAGCUGAUGUGGCUGCCGGGAAUGAUAAUCCCGUGACCAAGGUCGAUACUGUCAGCAGCAACGAUAGCGAGGCUGAUCGUGAGGGCAGGAAGUAUUAA